UCUUUUCAUUAACAGAUCUGAUCAGUAAAAGUGAAUGAAGUGACCAAGUGUAAAUACCCCCUUAAAUACUUUUGUAUAUCUUGAGGUCCAUGGACUGUAUAUAAACUAUAAUAUAGAUUAAUUACUUUAAAUGAUCUCAAAAAACAUGUUUGGACUUUCUUUAAAAUAAAUGUCACUUAUUUUGUAGUUUUGGUAUAAAAUGCAAUACAAUUCAUGCAUUUUUAAAUGUGGCUUAAGUGUCCAAAUGUUUUUUGGGGUCACUGUAUGGCGUUCUCGAUAUUGCUCUCUAGAUAUCGGUAUCUUUAUCAGCCAUUGAAAAUCCCAAAUAGGUCGAUCCUCUAACCUCUACUGAAGAUUCCUUGUCCCAUGUUCCAGCUUAUUUUCAGGGUUGUUAUCCUGGUCAAGACAGGUUUUCCUCCACAGUUCUCCUGCUCAUGCAUGGGCCGCUCACUCAGUCUGCUUUUGCGUUUCUUCCGUCUGCUGCCGUCUGCCUUCUUGUGGCCCCUGAGGCUGCACAGCUCUGUGCACCUCCCUUUAGAGAUUGCCCAGGCAGGCAUUCAUCCGAUCUAGUCUUGCACAGAGGAAAAAGCACAAUUCAAGAUUUGUAUUCAGUGGCUUGGCCAGUGUUUCUGGAACUGCCUGGACUGGCCUGAGAUCUGUCAGUGUGUGACUACAUGCGUCCUCAUGGGACCAGAUUACCAGGUUUAUAUGUGUAUCGCUGCCCUCCGACACCUACAGCAGGAUAUCCUGUAGUACACACAGACGCAGGACCAGCAGGUCUUUCUUAAGGAAUAGUGUGGGGAUAAAGGGAUGAUAAGGAGGACACGAAGGCGAGUUAAUCCACUCACAGAGGUCCUCCGGAGGACAGAGAAGAACAUUGGACACUCAGUCAGCUUUAGAAAGGCAUUACCAUCUUAUGUUUAUGGUGGCAUUGACAUUCGUGAACCUCAUAACAAUUCCUCUGGAAAUGGCAUUUGCGGAUGACUUGCAUGAUGUUACCCACAAAUGCUGGCUGGCAUUUAAUGUGUUUUCAGACCUUAUUUUUUGUGUUGAUGUUGGCCUCAAUUUUCGGAUUGGUUUUUUGGAUGGUCAGGUGCCCAUCCUUGAUCCAAAACAUAUACGAAAGGAUUACUUGAGUACUUGGUUCUUUCCAGAUGUGGUUGCUGCUUUUCCUGUGGACAUUAUCGUUGUUAUUUUGGAGCAUCAUUAUCAUGCGGAUGCAAGUUCGCUGAUAGCUUCGAAGAUGUUGCGGGUGCUUAUGUUUGUGAGGGUUCUGGGUCUGAUUCGUCUUCUCCGUGUACCAAGGCUCCUGAGAUUCUGCUCUCAAUUGGAAGGUGUCUCGGCUGUACAAAUUAAGAGAUCAUUCAGAUAUAUAUUCGUUAUCCUGAUGAUAUUUCUUAUUUGGCACUGGAAUGGAUGUAUCCAAUACUUCCUUUCUGCACUGGCAGAGUUUCCCCCAGACUGCUGGGUCAUGAGAGAGAAUCUCUUGAAUACCUCAAUUGGGGAAAAAUACUCAUUUGGUUUGUGCAGAGCUCUCUCUCAAAUGACCUUGAUGUCAGCUGACCCACCAACACGUAUCUGUAUGGAGGAAUGGUGGAAUAUUAUGAUUAGUAGGGUGAUUGGAUUUUUCAUUUUGAUUGCUCUACUUGCCUACAUGAUCAUAUCAUUUGGUAACACAUAUAAGAAAAAGAAAAAAAUGCUGAAAUCCUCUGAAAUCUUCAAACUGCUGCCUAGUGCCUUGCGCCAACGGAUUACUCAGCAUUACCAGUGGCAAUUCGAAAACAGCAUCCUUGACACAGUGACAAAACCAUUGAAAAAGGAUAUUAUGGCAGCCGUCUGUCCCAACUUGCUGACAAAAGGAUCCAUGUUCAAAAACUGUGAUGCAAAUUUCAUCGAUGCCAUCUUGAUGAAGUUAGAGUGUGAAUUCUUCCAGCCAGGUGACAUCAUCAUUCGUCAGAAUGAUCAGGCUGACCGCAUGUAUUUUAUUGAGAUUGGACGGGUGCUGCAGGUGACUGAAUUCAAGACUGAGGAGCUGUGUGAUGGAGACCAAUUUGGAGAUAUCGGUGUACUUCUCAGAGGAGAUCAGAUGGCAACUGUUCAUGCUGUGACCGGCUGCAGGCUUUUCACCUUGUCUGUUGACAAACUUCAGGAGCUUGAAGAGGAGUUCCCAGAAGAUGUCAAUAUUCUGAGAGCAGCAGCUCAACAGCGAGCUGACCUGGAAUUCCAAGCUCCAUCCACAUCCAGCAGUGUGUGAGACGACAGUCCAGGACCUUAAUCUUAAUUUCGAUUUGAUAAUAUCUUUGUUUUAUUAUUUAAGAAAUUGUAUUAUUAGUUAUUUUUCAUUAUUUUAAUUAUACAAUUUUCUUAAUUGAUAUUUUUUAUUUUAGUUUUAAUGGAAUAUAUAAUUUAAUUCAUAACAUAACAUAAUCUAUUACAUAUACAUUAGAUAAGCCUUAGUGUGGUGCAACCGCUGCCUUCAACCUCACCAUGGACCCAGCCUUUGCUUGGAACAGCCAUACAACAUUAUUACAUUUGUUAUAGAAUAGAUACAAAUAGAAUACAUAAUAAUUUAAUAUAGAAAAGAAUGUAUUUCACAAAUUAAACUACUUUCUUGUUUCAUAAUUUU